UGGAAGAUACACCCCAGUUGGAAAAGAUUAGCAAAGACAAAAUAUUAGAGUGAGAGAAGUUGACUUCAAUCCAAAGUAAAGAACUAGACAAAAUGCUGAGAAAUGCUUAUUACUCAAAUUGUUUUUCUAGUGAAUUGGAAGCUGAGGAUUCCGAAGAAGAACAAAGAAUAGGAGACAAUCAUUUAAAUCAAUUACUUAAUUUCUAGAUGGGAAAGAAAUCAAUAUUUUGAGAAGAAGACUAACUUUAUGAGACCUUAUAAAGUUAACGAAUUAAUUUUAUUUCAACCCACAGAGGUGAAUAAACAUACUCGGAAUUUUAUCAAUUCGUCAUUUCCUCAAAGAGUCACUGGAUUAAGUAUUGAAUGUAGCAAAGAUCCCUAUUUGGAUAUUUUACCUAUUUCGAAUUUAAUUUUUGAGGUCAGUUCAAAAGUUUUGGAGAAGAUAAACAUCCACGGGUUUAGAAUCAGUGCUUACCAGUUCAAGAGAAUCAUGCCUUGAUGUAAACAUCUCAAGAAAAUAAGUUUCUGGAGAUGCGAUAUCUCAAUCCCUUCAGUCUUCAACUUUUCUCAAGCAUUGAAAAAUACAAAGAUAGAGAUGCUGGAUUUUAGUGGAUCAGGCUAUGCCAACUUUUCUAACUGGGAUGAAGGUUUAGAAGAGUUCGAAAAUCUCAUCCAAGGACUAGCUACUUCUCCAGAGUUGAAGAUAAGUCUUCGGGAAUUUAUAGCUAGAAUUUAUGAGAUUAAAGAAGAAAAAAUCAGAGAGAUUCUAGAAGAGAAUGGGUUCAAUAAUGUUAAAAAUUGUGCAUAAAACUGA